AUGUUUGUGUGCGUGUGCGCAUAUUUACGUGUGUGGCGCGUCGUCGGGAGACAGCUGGCGGUAGCGGCCCACGCGCUCGCACACCGGCCCUGCCACCACCAAUCGGUUACUACCCCACGCUGCGCCGACUCCGCAAGCCCUACCGACCCUACGGGCUCUCUAUUGGCUCGACUGGCUCUGUUGGCUCCGCUGGCUCUAUUGGUUCGACUGGCUCUAUUGGCUCGACUGGCUCUAUUGGCU